UGUUUGAUUGGAUUCAGAUCAGGAGACUUGGCCACUGAAUCACUUUCACCCUGUUCUUCUUCAGAAAUGCAAGUGGCCUUAGAUAUGUUUUGGAUCAUUGUUAUGUUGGAAAAAUGCACGACAACCCAGGGCACAGAAUAAUAGUAGCAUCUUCUCUUUCAAUAUACAGCACUCAUGCAUCCCCACAGAACACUGCCUCCACCAUGUUUCACUGUAGACACCAUGCAUUUUUCUUUGUACUCCUCACAUUUGUGAUGCCAUACAGUUUUGAAGCCAUCAGUUACGAAAACAUUUAUCUUGGUCUCAUCACUCCAGAGUACAACAGAGUCCCAGUUGUCUUCUUUUUCAACAGGGGCCCUGGCAAAGUCUAGGAGGGCUUUUUUGUGCAUAGGCUUUAGGAGAGUUUUCCUUUAUGGACGACACCCAUGCAUGCCAUUCCUUUGCAGUGUAUGUUGUAUUGUGUCAUGGGAAAACAAUCACCCCAGUUUGGAUUUCUACUUCUUUAGCUAACUGCAUUGAACUUGCAGGGCAAUUUUCUUCAACCCUUCUCAUCA